AUGCAUCGAGUUGAGCCAAUCAACUCUCCCAUCUGCGGUCUGUUGCACACGCAUGCAAAUCAGCUCAAUGUAGAAUGGGUGGCUCCAGAUUCCCUCCACGCCACACCAUUUGGUUACGAUAUCGUGCCCGAUAGGGUACUUGCAAGUGGGGAUACUUCUCUUCGACUUGGCAUCAUUACCUACGUAACUAUCCCUGUUGCCCACACCAAUCAUGAUGUUCUGCUGACGAGCACAAUCGACAGCAUUCGACCCACCAUGGAGUAUGAUGGGCGCGUCUACGUAGGUGAGGGCUCUGGUCUCUCGCGCAGCUAA